UGCUGCUGGCUGUGAUGUCUCCUGAGAUCCGAUGUGAAUGGCAUCUGAAGGAUUGGCAAGUGGCCCUGGUCUCGACGAUGGUGUUUUUUGGAUUUAUGGUAUGUGGGGUGCUGUGUGGAUAUGUGGCAGAUAAAUACGGCCGUUGGAAGGUGGUGAUUGGAGGCUUCGUGUGGGCAGCAUAUUUUUCUGUUCUUACAUCAUUUGCACCUUCCUAUGGAUGGUUCAUUUUCCUGCGCAGCAUGGUGGGCUGUGGAGUAGCUGCCACGUCACAAGGGUUUGUUCUGAAGACAGAAUUCAUCCCUGCAAAAUACAGAGGCUCUGUGCUGCCCCUUGCCUCAAUCUUUUGGAUGUUGGGAUCCAUGCUCAUUAUCAUUCUGGGAAUGACCGUGGUACCCACAAUGGGCUGGCGCUGGAUGAUUCGGCUGUCUGUCAUCCCUGGUGUUGUACUCAUUGGACUUUUUCAGUUAAUCCCUGAGUCGGCAAGGUUUCAGGUCUCUGCGGGUAAUGUGGAGGGUGCUGUUGCCACAUUAACGUGGAUUGCCAAAAUGAAUGGAGCCAGCUUGCCAGAGGGAGAGCUACGUGAGCCUGUAGUGAUGGAGAGAGGGAAAGCAUCCACACUGAUCAGUCGAGCCUUCUUGAGAACAUCUUUACUGCUGUGGUAUUCAUGGUUUGUGGCCUCUUUCUUAUAUUAUGGCUCUGUGCUAAGCAGUUCAGAGCUGCUGGAGAAGAACCUGCUGUGUGUAACUGAUGCCAACGCAGAGCACGGCAUCAAACAGAGCGAGGACGAAACACUGUGCUACUGCAUCCCAUUUAACAUGGAAGACUACCAGACGCUCCUUAUCAGCUCUCUAGGAGAGGUGGCACUCAUCCCUCUGAACAUUGCCUUGUUGUACAUUGUGGGCCGAAAGUUCAGUAUGGUCAUUCUGCAAGUCCUCUCCGCCGUCUUCUUUAUGCUGGUUAAUAUCUGCAGCACAAUGUUUGGUUUCACUGUGCUGCUCUUUGUGCUCCGCUCUCUGGUCUCAAUGAAUUUUAAUGUGGUUUAUAUUUACACUGCAGAGGUUUACCCCACAGCAGUGCGCUCCAUAGGAAUGGGCUUCUGCACUUCGUUUAGUCGUAUUGGUGGAAUGAUUGCACCAUUUAUAGCUCAGGUAUUGAUGUCCAAGUCUGUGCUGCUAGCCUUGUCUCCAUUUGCUGUGACAUGUUGUCUAUGUGCAAUUGGGACUGUACUGUUACCUAUUGAGACCAGAGGACGGGCCUUGUUGCAAAAUGAAUGAAGCAGACCUGCUAAUUAGGAGUUAUGCACACCUACCGACAAUGGAACU